ACUACAUGCAGUUCACGCUGCGCGCGUAUGCAAGUCAGCGAUGGUUGAACGAGCGAAGUGCUGCUCAAGGCCAACCAUGCUACGCCGAUGCAGAGUGAUAUCGUGCUUGGCCAUCCCUGCCUUUGGGGGCGCAUUGACAACGAGUCCAAAUCAAGGGCUGGAUGUCGCCAUUGUUGGAGGUGGAAUCGCUGGGUUAGCGAGCGCGGUGUCUCUUCGCGCCAUAGGAGGCGUGCGGAAAGUUCGGGUUUUCGAGAGGGGCGAGGGUUUUGGCGAGUACGGAGGUUUCGGACUGGCUCUUUGGCCCAAUGGCCUACGCGCGCUGCGACAUAUGGACACAUCGUUGCAUGACGAGGUGGUGAGAUCUGGAAGCGUGAUCGGGGAGCGGAUGUUCACAACGGCCGAGUCCACGAGCAUCGACUAUUGCAGGGAGAGGGAGGCGUUCGGGCACCCUAUGCUCUGCCUCCGUCUCCUCAGCCUUCACAACGCGCUACGCCGGACUGCCCUGCGCCUGGGCUGCGAAAUCCUGUCCGGUAUGUCCUGCAAGAAGGUCUAUCCAUCCCUGGGGGAGGAUGGGAAGAAGCGGGCGGCGUUGCUGAUGGCCGUUGGGCAGGGACUGGAGGAGGAGGAGGAGGAGGAGGAGGAGGUGGUAUUGGCCGACUUUGUCAUCGGUGCUGAUGGUUUGAACAGCGUCGUUCGAGCGCGCCUUGGGGACGACUCGAAGCCGCGCGACACGCACUGCGUAUGGUUUUUCGGGAUCGUGGGGCACGCGGCGUGCCCAAUACUGCUGCGGAGCCGAGUGCACACAUUUUUUCUCAGCGACCCGACCAAGGCGGCAAGCUUGAUGCCGUGUGGCGACCACAACACCUACUGGGCGGUGGCGCUCACGGGUGACAACAUCAAGGAGGCUAUGGCGUUGAGGGGUGAUGAUAAAGAGAUGAAACACUUCCUGAAGGCUCAAUUUGGAGAGUGCAACGCGCUGGUGAAACUCAUCGAAGCAACACCCCCACACCAGGUCCAUCGGAGACGUAUCGAGGAUCGUCCAGCGACGAAGUCGUUCGUGUCCGGCGCCGGUCCAGAUGAGUUUUAUUCCGCCCUUGUCGGCGACGCAGCACACCCGACGCGGCCGUCUCUGGGUCAGGGAGCCAACAUGGCGCUCGAGGAUGCGGUGCAGCUGGCCUUGGUGCUGCGGGAGACGUCGUCGAUAGCAGACGCUCUGAGAGAGUACGACUCCGCGCGGGUACUCCGCUGCGCCAAGCUUCAGGGAGACUCCGACUUCGUGGCCGAGCAGGCCCUGAAGCUCGGCGAAGAUGAUUGGCCCGCCCACGGGGGUGACGGGCAGGCGAGCCGGAACAGGCCCGCCAAUCAGGGCAUGGGCGAUGCCGAGUUUGUCUAUAACUGGGAACCGUUGAAAUUGCACCACUUCCCUUGGCAACCGAAGUAG